AGCCCCGAGUUCCAGCUAUGAACCCCAACUGUGCCCGCUGCGGGAAGAUCGUUUAUCCCACCGAGAAGGUGAACUGCCUGGAUAAGUUCUGGCAUAAAGCAUGUUUCCACUGCGAGACCUGCAAGAUGACCCUAAACAUGAAAAACUACAAGGGCUACGAGAAGAAGCCAUAUUGCAAUGCACACUACCCGAAGCAGUCCUUCACUAUGGUGGCAGACACUCCCGAGAACUUGCGUCUAAAGCAGCAGAGUGAGCUUCAGAGCCAGAUUCGCUACAAGGAGGAGUUUGAGAAGAACAAGGGAAAAGGCUUCAGUGUGGUGGCUGACACCCCGGAGCUGCAGAGAAUCAAAAAGACGCAGGAUCAGAUCAGCAACAUAAAAUACCAUGAAGAGUUUGAGAGGAGCAGGAUGGGCCCGAGUCCCAGCGAGGGUGCUGAGCUGGAGCGCAGGAACUCCCAGGAGAGCACCAAUUACCGGAGACCGGCAGAGCAGCAGCAUCAGCCGUCUCAUCACGUCCAACCCAGCAACCCAGUCUACCAGCAGCAGCAGCAGCCGCCAUCUCAGUCCUACGGCUACAAGGAGCCCGCGGCACCAGCCUCUACGCAGCGCAACGCUCCUUCUGGAGCGGGGAAGCGUUUCCGUGCUGUCUACGAUUACAACGCGGCUGAUGAAGACGAGGUCUCCUUCCAGGAUGGUGACACCAUCAUCAACGUGCAGCAGAUCGACGACGGAUGGAUGUACGGCACGGUGGAGCGCACGGGCGACACAGGCAUGCUCCCUGCCAACUACGUGGAGGCCAUCUGAGCUGCAGGAGGGGACGGGGCGCGUGGCUGACAGCCGAGCCCCCAGCCCGCGCCGGCCCGUGUGUGUGUGUGUGUGCGUGUGUCUCUCUCUCUGCCCCAGCAUCCCUUAUCCCGUGUGUUCCACCGGAGCCGUGUCCUGACAUCUCGGUUACUCUGUGUUUCUGCAGCCGCCUCCAGUUUCUCUUGCCAAUUUAGCUUUGUUCUAGCUCUGUCGGGACUGAGGGACUGUCUGCAAGGGAUGUUGGGGGCUCGAGAGACCAAACCGCCGCAGCUUUCCCUCUUCUUCGGUCUCCCUCCUCUCUAGCCCUCCCAGGUGCUCCAGCAUUUCCUGGCCGGGGGAAGCAGCCGGAGUUUCCAGGAGCCCGGCAAAGGGAGGAGACCAUCUAUUAGGACCAAAUUCCGCCCGCUCUGGCAGGGAUGGGCAGCGAUGUCUGUGUGGACGAGGUGAGGGAUGCUCAUCCCGAGGGCUGCCCUGGGCUGACGGGAGCGUUGGGCCGGCAGCCUCCACCCUGCACCGCUCUGGCUCUGGCUCGUCCUGUUGCUUCUCCCGACUCCUCUGUGCAGUGUUUCCAUUCAGGCUUCGCUCCCUUCAGUCCUCAAAACAGAAAAACAUUCACAGUUCAAAUUCUUUCUCCUUGGGAUUCAGAGUGGCUGCUCUGGGCAGCCCUGGAAGUGGCUCUCGCUCCUUCUGCCUCGGGCUCUGGCUGCCUCGUUCUGCCUCCCCGGUCCCUCCGGGGCCGAGCCGGGGCUGUGCCAGUGCAGGUAAAGGAGUAGUAGCCGCAGCCUUGCUUCGCCUGGAGGCUCCUGCUCGAGGGCUGGAGAUGGGCCGGGCUCCCCACUCCUCCGUGCUGGGGGGGAGCACUGCGACACCGAGACCUCACAUCACCCUGCAGCUCCGGCUUUCUCUCUUUGGGCUGGGGUCUGGGGGUCCCCUGGGCCCCACGUGUUGGGGCAGCCUCUUUCUCUCUUAGCCGCGGUCGCUCCCCAGAUUCCCCCAGAAUCUUCCUGCUUUUCUGUUGCUGCUGCAGGGCUUUUGGGACCCUCCUGAGCCCUCCACCCACUGGGUAGAUGGUCUGGGGAGCUGGCAGGAUCAGCCCCCCUCCCUGUGCCUCUUCUGAGCCACGAGUGAAAGAUCCUCCCCCUCUGCCACCACGCUGGGGACUGUCCCAGGUGACUGUCCCCUCUGGCAGCUGGGUCUUGAGUGGCAGAGGCUGGGAUUUGGCACCCCAAGCCACCCUGCACCUCUCGUUGGUCCCCAGCAACGGGAUUGUGUCACGGACCAAAACCUCAAAGCACAUCCCUGUCCCCUUCUCUUUUGGGCUCCGAAGGUCCUGGAGCUGGACAGGGGCAGGUAUAACUGGAAGCUUGUGCGGGGAGGGCGGCAGUGGGAUGCUCUUCUCCCAGGUCACGGAAGCUGAACAUCGGGGCAGUGGUGAUGCCUUCGUGCUGCCUCCGGUGCUCCUGCUGCCCUGUGCCCACUCACAGCCCCGGGUCAGCCCGGACCGCAGAGACCAGGCAGCCGGAGGAGACCGUCCCCUUGCCGGGCUGCUCAGGGCUUUGGCUGCGCUGCACCGUGGGGCCAGCGUGCUUCCAAGGGGAAGCUGCCACCUUUGCUAUUCCCAAAGGAAAAGAGGGAAUCUAGGGACCAAAGUGGCUGAGUUGAGACAUUUUGUGGCUCUCCUGGGGGACACAUCCUUGGGGACAGUCUCGUGGACGGGGGAGAGGAUCCCACUGCCUUGCGCUUGCAGUCCCCUAUCUCAAAGCACGCGGGGCUGCAGGGCUGGAUCAUGGACGGUGCUGGGGUUGGGGUGACCGGAGUCGGGGGGUGCUGGAGCAAAUGCUGUUCUGUGGGGAGGGGGGUCCUGGCAGGGCAGAGACCCCCCGGGAGGGCAUGAGCCGGGGAGAGGGGAGCGUUUUGCUCCUGGCUCGUUCCCCGGCCGGCUGCAACGGGAAGGGGCAGAGUGAUGGGGACUCCUGGCACUGUUGUCACCUUGGGGUGAAAAUGAGACCCCAGAAGCAGCCGGGAUGGGCUUCCCGGGAUGGGAAUCCCGGUUGGUGCUAAAACAAGCGAGCACAAGAGCAGGGGAGGGGGGGCAGCGGGGAGUCUGUGUCUCCCUGCUAAUCCUCUUCUUACUCACGUUCUUGUCUGGGAACGGGGGGGGAGUAUCAAUGUGAAUAAACCGUUUUUUAAUGGACCAAAUAACACAGGCAAUUACGUUUUGGUAUACAGACCUUUUUUUAAUGCUACCUUGAAACCAUUGUCCCACGCCCUGCCCCUUCUCCCCUGCCAUGGGAAACAAACCUCUUACUGCUUGAUUUCUGCCUUUUCUCUUGACUUAUGCACUUUUUUGCCUUUUUUCGUAGCUGAAAAGCACCUAAACCUGUAUUUAAAAUAAAUAAAUAAAUAAAAUAGUAAAAAAAAAAGGAAAAAUUAAAGGCUAAAUUGCUUCUCAUCAUGUGUAAAAUAGACCUCGUCCAUCCCAGCUUCCCCGGUUGCGUCUCAGUGCUGAGCUUAGAACGUGUUUUCUUCUGGAUCCAUCGCUUGAUUGGGGUUUGUCCUUGUGUACUCCUUCCUGUCGGGUUGAGCACCCGCCGAUAAAAAACAUUAUUUGGCCUUUUUAACCGAACCAUCGAAUGGAACAAACCAACCGAUUCUUUUCCCGGUUUACUCGAAUUAAAAAUAAAAGUAUAAUUUUUACCUGC